UUGAACCCCACUACUGCAUUAAUCUAUAAAUGAAACUAUUUCAUCAAUACUGCACCACACCACAAAAAUGUCUACUGAGAAUCUUCCAUUGAAGGAAAUUCCCGGUAGCUACGGAUUACCGUUUUUCGGUCCGAUAAGAGACCGUUUCGACUUCUUCUACAAACAAGGGCAAGACGAGUUUUUCCGAGCCCGAGUCAAGAAAUACAACUCAACCGUUUUCAGGGUUAAUGUCCGUCCCGGCCCAUUCAAUGCCAAAGACUCCAAAGUGGUGGUCCUUCUUGACGCCGUCAGUUUCCCCGUCCUAUUCGACGUUUCGAAGGUUGAAAAACGGGACGUCUUCACCGGCACUUUCAUGCCGUCAACCCACUUCACGGGAGGGUACCGUGUUUGCUCCUAUCUAGACCCGUCUGAGCCGAAGCACGCGAUAUUAAAAUCGUUCUUUUUGUCGUUUCUGAGUAGGGCCCACAAGAGUUUGAUCCCUACUUUUCGGAGCUCCGUCGGUCAUAUGUUUGUUGACCUUGAGGAGGAGCUGGCGGUUAAGGGGCAAGCUGAAGGGGCUGGGUUUAACGCCGUUAGUGAUAAGAUGUCGUUUGAUUUCCUGUUCCGUUUGUUUGGUGAUGGUAAGAGCUCGUAUGAGACGAGUGUGGGCGGCGGUGGGAACGGGAACCUUGAUAAGUGGCUGCUGUUUCAGUUAGCGCCUUUAGUGACGUUAGGGUUGAAGUGGCUGCCGAACUUUCUGGAAGAUUUUGUGCUGCACACUUUCCCGUUGCCGUUUUGGGCGGUGAAGUCCGGGUAUGAGAAGGUUCAUGAUGCUUUUCGGGAUGCUGCGGCGGCGCUGCUCGAUGAGGCGGCGAAGACUAUGUCGCCAGUUAUAAUUAGCAAGGACGAGGCCACACACAACCUACUUUUCCUAACCGGUUUCAACGCCUACGGCGGCAUGAAAGUGCUAUUCCCGGCGCUGUUAAAGUACAUCGGCGCGGCGGGGGAGGAUCUCCACCGCCGCCUGGCGGCGGAGAUCAGGGCGGUGGUGAAGGAGGAGGGCGGCAAGGUCACACUGGCGGCGGUGAACAAGAUGAGCCUGACGAAAUCGGUGGCGUGGGAGGUGAUGCGGAUCGAGCCGCCGGUGGCGUACCAGUUCGGCAGGGCGAAACACGACAUCACCGUCGCCAGCCACACGGCGGCGUUCGUGAUCAAAAGGGGGGAGAUGAUAUGCGGGUAUCAGCCGUUCGCGACGAAAGAUCCCGAGAUUUUCGAGAGCCCGGAGGAUUUCGUCGCGAACAGAUUCGUCGGGGAGGAAGGGGAGAAGCUGAUAAAGUACGUGCUGUGGUCGAACGGGAGGGAGGAUGAAGAUCCGACGGCGGCGAACAAGCAGUGUCCGGCGAAGGAUAUGGUGGUGCUUUUGGCGCGAAUGAUGGUGGUGGAGUUUUUUCUGAAGUAUGAUACUUUUACCGUUGAGAGUGGAACGCUUCUGUUAGGUACUUCCGUUACGGUCAAAUCUUUGACCAAUGCCACGUGGUGAUUUUGAUUUGUUAUUACUGUAAAGCUUAUUUUUAUUUUAUCUUAUUUGUUUUAUUUAAAUAUUUUUUUCGUUUUUGUUGGUGGAAAAUGGAAUAUUUGUCGAGUGCUUGAUAAAAUAGACUUCGUAGU